AGAAAGAAAGAAUUUAGCCCCAAUGGCUCAUUUCCCUAAGUUCCAAAGUGCUAGUAGGAGGAGCCUUGCUUUCACAAGUCUACUAUAAAGGCCCCACUCAGAUUGAUUUUUAUGCACAGUGGCUGCUUACUGGAGGAACUUGCAGAAAAAAAACUAGCCCUAUUUAUGCCUAGAACACAUAUCUCAGGGGGUAUUCCAGCGAAUAUCACAAAUCUCUUCCGAACAUCCAUUCCUGAGCACUCUAAGGAGCUGCAACCACUCAUGGCGAACACGGUUCCUCAGACGGGGCAGAAGAAGGCUCAGGCCCCCGAGAAGAGCGAACAGCGCACCCCCACCGGCUCUCCAUCCAGGGCCAAGGUGAAGGCCAAACUCGUCCGGUUGGUGUCCUACUUUGCUGGAGACAUGGCUCCCUUUGCAGAGUGGAUGAAAGGUCAGUUCAUCCUCAUUCAGAUUUUGGAUUGGGUGCUGAGAGGGGCAGCACAGGUCAUGUUUGUGAACAACCCCCUGAGUGGACUAAUCAUCUUUGCUGGACUCAUCCUCCAGAGCAGAUGGGUGGCUCUCAAUGGCUUCAUUGGCACCUUAUCUGCCACUAUCUCAGCCCUCAUUCUGAAACAAAACCGGGGUGCAAUAGCAGCAGGCUUGUAUGGAUAUAAUGGAAUCCUGGUUGGUCUUUUGAUGGCCGUCUUCUCCAACGCAGGGGACUGGUACUGGUGGCUUUUGUUACCCAAUAUCUUCAUGUCAAUGGCAUGCCCAAUUGUCUCCAGUGCCCUGGCCUCCAUCAACAGUCGGUGGGAUCUGCCAGUGUUCACUCUGCCUUUCAACAUCCUGGUGUGCCUGCACAUGGUGGCUACAGGCUACUACAACCUGCACUUCCCUCAGGUUCUGUUCCAGCCUCGCACCUCUUUCCCCAACCUUACCUGGUCCGAGCUGGAUUAUGCUUUGCUCUUUCAAUCCAUUCCGGUGGGUGUCGGGCAGGUCUAUGGCUGUGACAAUGCUUGGACAGGAGGCAUAUUCAUCAUUGCCCUCUUUAUUUCUUCACCAAUCACUUGUGUGCAUGCAGUUAUUGGUUCAGCUAUCGGUAUGGUGUCAGGUCUCGCUCUUGCUGCACCAUUUGAGAACAUCUACUCUGGACUGUGGGGAUAUAACUGUGUUUUAGCUUGCAUUGCGAUUGGCGGAAUGUUCUACGCUCUCACAUGGCAGACCCAUCUCCUGGCUGUAGUCUGUGCCUUUUUCUGCGCCUACCUUGGCUCCGCUAUUUCCAACGUGAUGGCCACUUUUGGCCUCCCUGCAUGCACUUGGCCGUUCUGCCUGUCCGCCCUCACUUUCCUCUUGAUCACCACGGAGACGAAAACCAUCUAUAAGCUGCCGCUGGCCAAAGUGGCGUACCCUGAGAAAAACCUCAUCUACUUCUGGAAGAUGAAGAAGGAAGAGAGAGCUGAGAAGCUGGCGAAAGCCCAAGAGGGGGUGCAACUGCAGGAGAAGGAGGCACAGAUGGAAAAAGAGGAGGAGGUAAAGAUUACCAUAGGAAGUCAAGAGCAGGAGCAACCGGAGGCCAGCGCAGAGAGGACGGUGACAGACACCAGUGACGAAGAGAAUUUUCCAGAAAAUGAAACUGUUGCUGUCAGCACAGAAACGACUGCUGUAGAACUAUCUGCAUUAUGAAUCUGCACUUAUUUGGGUUGCUGAAAGAGUUUCCGCCUACUCAGUGCCCAUAUACACCAACAGACUGCAUGAGAACAUAAUCUCUAGAUCUUAACAUAAACAUCAACUCUGGGUCAAAUAAGGACAACGAAUGCUAGAUUUUCUUAAUAUCUUAGAGACCGUUUUAUACUGAAAGUUUCCGCUUUUAAGGCACACAUUCAUCUUAGUGCAUUAACUACACUCCUUAAAAACGGGGUUCUUUAGUAAACUCAGUGGUUAUAUACACUCUUUUCUUUGCAUUAAGAACCAAUUUUGGUUCCCUAAAAAGCUUUCAAUGGAAGCUUUUUUAGAGAGAGAUUUGUGAGUUUGUAGAACCUUUUUAAUAUAUAAAGAAUCUCCACAUAAUGUACAGGUUCUAGGACGAACCCCGAAACUGGUAUAGAAUCUUUACAUUAUAUUAAGGUUCUUUAAACCUUUAAAAAGUUUUUCACACUCGUAAAUGUCUUUUUAAAGCAUCUCUUGCUCUAUCCUUAUGCGUUGCGAGUUGGGUUACAGCAAAAGUGUGGAUCGUAUGGGAGGCCCUGAGGACUAAUUUGAGCUACUGUUUAAGGCAACCGAAACUGAAUGUUCUAUGGCAGGGGUGCCCAAUCCUGGUCCUGGAGGUCUGCCACCCUGGAGAGCUCAGAUCAUGCCUGCUUCUAAUAUUCAGAUUUUUCUGAAAGCCUUCAGGAAAAUCUGUAUAUUAGAGGCAGGUGUACUUGAGUAGGGUUGGAGAUAAACACUCCAGGGUGGUAGAUUUCCAGGACCCGGACUGGUUACCCUGCUCUGUAGCAUAACUCAAAGAACCCUUAGUAAUGCAUAAAUGAUUCUUCUUAUGUGUGUCAUUCUCAUUAUGUUACAGAUGCUUCCACAAGAUUAUUAUGAUCAGUUAUUACAUGAGGCCUAUUAGUUUUGUGUAUAAUCUCAAUUGAGAACCUGUUGUAUAUAGUUCUAUAAAGAACCCUUUUAAAAUGGUUCUACAUAGCACCUUUUUCUGAGUGUACAUAUUUUCUUUGUAUACUUUGUGUUAGAACAUAUUCGAGUGUUCAGAUUGUUCAGAGUGCAGACAAGUGCUACUGCAGGCAAUUCCAGAACUGGACUAUCUAUGUACUUUGAGUGACUGUCUUUAUUAUAUGAUGUGCUUGAAAGAUCAACACUUCUUCCAAGUGAUGUUAUGUGCUCGUCGUGGCUGUCACACAUUGUAAUGAUCCUGCUAACUACACGCAAGACACCCAGUCUUUAUGCUGACUUUGGAGGACAUGCCAAGAAUGAACCACAGCCUUUCUGGAAGGGAACAGUGGCCACAAUUCGUAACUCUUCAGUUAUGCAUUGCUUUCAUUCUGUUUACUCAUAUAUGUCUCAGCAGUAUUUUCCUCACACAGAAAUGAAUUGCACUUACUGGACAAGCAUCAAACUCAAAGCUACACAAUGUACCAUUGUAUGAAAGGUUAAGAUUGCCUUUUCAUAGUUUGUAAUGAAUCCUGCAAUUUCUUUGUUUCAUUUUUCUGGAUCAUUUCAUAUGAUUUUUUCUAUAUCUGUAUGUCUAUAUUGGGGAAAAGACAAGAAAAGAAAGAGAUAAGUUAUUCAGUGGUUUUGUAAUACGCAUUAAAUACUUUUUUGUAUUCUGUAACAUUAUAUUUAUUUAGUUUUUAUCAGUCUAUAAUACAAAAUAUAUUCCUGCCACAAUGUUCAAACAUACACCAGUGCUCAACUGUACAAAUGCUCAAAUAAAGUGUAAUUAGUGUAAAAUAAUGUGCAUUGGAUGUGAAAAG